AUGAAGAAACACCAUGCCGAUGACUCUGCCGCUGGCGAGGCAGACUCCGAUGCUGAAGAAAAUACAUCAGACACCAACCAGGGCAAAAGAAAGUACAAACCGCAUUUGCGGAAUCGGAGAACACUCUGUUUUGAAGCCUUGUUCCUACCGGAAGUGCUUUUUACGCAUGCUCGGCGGCAGUGGCGUGAAGCUUCCCGAUUGCAUAAAACUCUAAUAGCCGGACACUACUCAAUACACCACAUGAGUGAUACCGACGGCAAGUUCGAGGGUGCGCAGGCAACAUGCAUUAGGGGCAGAACGGAGGACACCUCCUGGAGGCUGAGGUUGAAGGGGCGGCUUGCCAGAUGGAAACUCUCUAGGAUCGGAAGAUUUUGGAUGUACAUCCAUCGCUUCAAUUAUACUAAGGACUGGGCGACGGUCCCAAUGGACGCAGUGAGGCCGAGCGGAAAAUGGCACAGGUUCCUCGCCACUAUAUGGGCAAUGUCACCCGAGUAUGACCAUACGUCGGCUGAGUCAGAGAAGAUCUAG